AUUUGUUUAUUUAUAGGUCAUUUGAUGUUGAGAUUAUAACCUAAUAUUAUAGAAGCUUUUCACCAGGUCUUUGGGAACUAUGAGUGGCUAUAAUCAAUUUGAAGGAUGAACUGCUGGACUUGUCUACUUUAAUUUUCGAAGGAAGAAAGUGUUCAAAUCACGUUGGAUUUUUGUUCCAUCAUCAUUGUAUCUGACUUGUGGAAAAUGGCUGCGAAAGAUGAUAAAAAUCUUAUUGAAAUCUUGGAAAACCUGAAUCCAGUAGAUGUUGCUAAAUACAUGAAUUUUGUUAGUGCUCCACAAGCUGGUGCUAUAGCAACAUUUGCUGGCACAACUCGUGACACCUUUGAAGGGAAAACAGUCUUGGAGUUGAGAUAUGAAGCUUAUGUUCCAAUGGCAAUACGUUGUAUCAACAUGAUCUGUUCAUCUGCCAGAGCAUCCUGGAACCUACAUUCCAUCGCUGUUGCUCAUCGUAUAGGCACGGUGCCUGUGGGUGAAACAAGUGUCUUCAUUGCAGUCUCAUCUGUCCACAGGGCAGAUGCACUGGAGGCAUGUAGAUUUUUGAUAGAUGAGAUAAAAGCCAAAGUUCCUAUUUGGAAAAAGGAGGUCUAUUCAAAUGGGGAGGUUUGGAAGGAGAACAGUGAGUUCCUAGAGAGGAGGUCCGAACUUGGUAACAAGGAUGCAGGAUGCUGUGGUAGAAAGGUAGUAAUUAAAGAGCAGACCAAAAAGGCUUGUUGUGGGACUAAGGUUCUGGUUGAUGAUCAAGCUAAUGAGGCGUCACAUGAAAAAAAUAGAGGAGGAGAUGGAAGAUAAGGCUAUAGAUUCCAUUGCUGUUCCUGAAGGUCAGAGAAAAAGUGAAGAUGCUAUUCAAGGAGUAAGUGUUUUUCAAUUUGCUUGUAAAGGAUAUAUUCUCCAAUUGAUGUAAUUACUUUGUUUGGUGAUAUAAUGUAUUAGUGGAGCAAUCUUUGAAGUUUGAGUUGACUUGUGAUAGACUUAACUGAAAUCAGUAAACAUUCAUUUCCC